UUGACAUCGUCAACAGUCAAGACAUCAUGAUAUCUAAAAAAAGAAAAAUAUCAGUCGAUGAAAUUCAUUCCAAGAUGUUUAAAGCAGAUAACAAUAAAAAUAACUAUGAUGAUUCAAGUAAUGCUAAAAAUAUACAAAUUACUUUUUUAAAUGAAAACUCAAUUGACAAACUACAUGUGAUUGAUUUUAUUGAAAAAGAAGAAUUAUUUACAGAAGAAAGUAUAACCAUUAAAGAUGAGAUGUUGCCAGAUACAGAUGAUUGGAUUUAUGUUGAUGAAACACACAACUUGCACAAUCACUCAAUUGGACUAAAAAUUAAGUCACAUGAAAUUUCCGAUUUAUUCGGAAAUAAUCAUCAACGUUGCUCGAAUAAAGUCAUUAAAAAUGUUGAUCAUCAAAAAAACACAAGCAUUCGUACUGGAUCACUUGCUCCUGAAAAAUAUAGUUUUUGUACAGAAGAAGAUGAUGAGCUAAGCUCUACCACAGACGAAAAUUACUUUGAUGAUGAUGAUGAUGAUGAUAAUGAUGUGAAUUGCCUGAAUCAAAAUGAAAAUCUCGAAGAUAAAAUUAAAGUAAGCGAUGAAAUGUCUUUUGAAGAAAGAGCACGUGUAGUUAAAUUGGCGGGCGAAAAUCCGACUUGGUCACUCGACUCGUUGAGAGAACAUAGUGGAUGUAUGAAUAUUAGAAACUGCCGUCAAGUUGAAGUGUGGAAAAAACAGAUUGAACGAGGAGGAUCUCUUCCUAAAGUUGUUAAUCUUGCAAAUGAAAAUCCACAUUGGAGUUUAAAAAUGCUGAGAGAACAAAGUGGUUGUGAUAAUCUUGAAACUAUGAAUCAACUCUACCGUUGGAGAAAAGUUGUUAGAAAUUUGAAUAAGAAAUGA